AUGGAAUACAAAGAAUCGAUUUCAUCAAUAAUUCCUGCAUUAAAGGACGAAAACAAGACUCAAGAAGUUGAUAUUUUAAAGUUUUGUGAUCCUUCUUCAUAUGAAAAACUCGAAAUCGAAUCAUUACUAAAGAAAAUCCAAGAAAAAGACAAUGAAAGUGGAUGGAAUCAUCUAUACAAGAAGUUAACUAACGAAAAUUAUGCAAAAUUACUCACCAAAUUCGAUAUUUAUGAAAUAAUUUCAAUCAUUUUUUCAAAUUUUGGAUCUAUCUUACAACGAGAUAUCACAGCCUUACAAUGUAUCGAAAUAAUAGCAAAUGCAUCCAUUUCUUUAAUAGAUAUCAAUGAAAUCAAAGAAAUAAUUGAAUUUUUAAUAAAUUUCAUUCAAAGCUGCAACCAUGAUAAGAUUUUCGAUAUAAUAUGUUCAAUAUUGACACAAUUAUCAUCACAUUUCUCAUUAUUCGAUGAAAAUCCAUCAGAUUUCUUAAUAAAUUUACUUUUACAAAAAAAUUUUGAGUCAAACAAAGAAAACAAAUACAAAAUUUCGAAAAUUUUGAACACAGUUCUUCAAAUUAUUUCAAAAAACGAAAUUUCAGAAGAAAAUCUCGAAAAUUGCAUGAAUCUUUUCAAUGAUUACAUUUCAUGUGAUGAAUGGUAUAUACAAGACAUCUGUAUACAAGGAUUCAAAUCAAUAAUAUCGAAAAACCAAAAUUUUUCAAAAUUUAUUUUUCAAAAUAAUUUUUUUGAAUUUUUUACAAGUUUAGAUCCAACAAAAUCGCCAGCAAUAUACAUAUCAAUGUGCAAAUUGCUUUGUUUAGUUGAUUUUGACUCAUUUGAUGUUACAAUUUUAGAAAAUUUUGAUUUUUUGUCACAAAUUCAUUGUUUAAUUGAUGAAAAUGAGAAUAUUUAUGAAACAGAGCUUGUUUCUGCACUAAAUAUGAUAAAAGAAGUUUGUUUGCAUUCGUUUUCAUUGAGAAAACAGUUGAAUGAAGAAAAAUUGAUUGAAAAAAUCGAAAUAAACACGAAAUCAUUCCAAAUUAAGUCAGAAAUUGUUGGAAUUGCAGCAAAUCUUAUUAGAUGUGAUUCACUUGAUAUAAGUUCUGUCAAUGAUGAUUUUGUUUCUUCUGUUUUUAGUUUAAUUGAUAUCAACAACUUUGAAUCAUGUUUAGAUUCUCUUUUCGUUGUUUUGUUUCUUGCAAACAACAACUUUGAUGUUUCUGAAGCUGUUGAUGACAUUUUUGAUUUAAAAGAUUCUGAAAAUGAAGAAAUCUCAUCAAUUUCAACAAAGAUUCUUGAAAUUAUUGAAAGAAUUGAAGAAUAA